AUGGAGGCUGAUAAAAAAAUAUUCAAGAUUGCUUGUGCCCAAGCAAGAUUGAAGCGAAAAAUGAUUUUGAAAGAAAACAUGAUGAAUAAGAAAUGUGUUAAAGAGUGUGGUAUAUCUUCUAAAAGCCAACAUGGAAGAACAUUGUGUACUCCACUGUCUGAUGUUACAACUCAAUUUUUGUCUGGAGGAAGACUUAACACUUCUGGAAGAGUACAAUGUCAUCAAAAUAGAGAUGCAGUUCCGGAUAGUAAUGCUUCUCAUCGACAAAACCUAUUGCCUAGGUUUGAGAUUGUUUUUUCAGAAAAGGAAAAAGAUAAUCAGUGCUUAUUCAAUAAGAGUAGUAGUCAACAUUCUUCCUUAACUGCAUCUCAUUUUCAUAUGGGUGAAGAAAUAAGUCAACCAUGUACUAAUGCAGACAAUCCAGACAAUGGCCAAGAUAUAGGAGACCCAAUUUAUACGUGCCCCCAUUGCAAAGCAUGCAUGUGGUAUGAAGAAAGGAUAGACAAGCAUAAACAUUCUGCAAUUCCAAAGUUUAAUUUGUGCUGUGGAAAUGGAAAAGUGCAGUUACCUCUAUUGAAGGAUGCUCCUACUGUUUUGAAGCAAUUAUUGUUUGAUUCCAAUAGCAGAGAAGGAAAAAAUUUCCAACAACAUAUUCGUACAUAUAAUAUGAUGUUUGCUUUUACAUCACCAGGUGCCAAAGUUGAUAACAACUAUAACAAUGGUCAUGAUCCACCGAAUCUGAGGAUCCAAGGCCAAGCUUGCCAUAGAAUAGGUAGUUUGCUCCCGCCUGCAGGACAAAUUCCUAAGUUUGCCCAACUAUAUAUUUAUGAUACUGAAAAUGAAACACACAACAGAAUCCAAUCCUUAAGCAAUGACAACAAAAUUGACGUGGAUAUUGUAGGCAAAUUAACAAAAAUGUUAGAUGAAUUCAAUGUUCAUGCGAAAUCAUUCCGAGUUGCUAGAGACCGUUACAGAGAACAACCUUUCCAUGAUCUUAAAUUAAGGCUAAUUGCUGAUAGGAAUAAGGAUGGAAGGUUAUAUAAUAUUCCUACCGUUUCAGAAGUAGCAGCACUAAUUGUUGGUGACAUUGACAGUGCUUCCCCAAGAGAUAUCAUAAUGGAAAAUAGAAGUGGAAAACUGCAGAGAAUUAACGAACUUCACACGAGUUACCUAGGCUUCCAAUAUCCUUUACUAUUUCCAUAUGGGGAAGAUGGUUAUAGGCAUGAUGUUAAUCAUCGAGUAACAAGUACUUCAAAAAACAUGAAGAGAAAUCGCUUGACAAUAAGGGAAUGGUUCUGCUUCCGGAUUCAGAGUAGAGAAUUAGAAGCACAGACACUACUAAGAUCUAGGCGAUUGUUCCAACAAUUUGUUGUUGAUGGAUACACUAUGCUAGAGUCUGAAAGGUUAUCAUUCAUAAGAAAUAACCAGUCCAAGCUUAGAGUGGACAAGUACGAUAACCUCUUCCAAUCAAAAUCAAGUACUCAAGAAGAAGGAUCUACAAAAGGCAAAAGAGUUGUACUACCUUCCACUUUUGUUGGUGGUACGCGAUUUAUGGAACAACUUUAUUUUGAUGGGAUGGCCAUUUGUAGUCAUGUUGGUUUUCCAGAUUUGUUUGUUACUUUUACAUGCAAUCCGAAGUGGCCUGAAAUACACAGAAUUUUAUCACAUCAAAAUUUAUCUGCAUCUGAUAGACCAGACUUGGUAGCAAGGGUUUUCCGAAUCAAAUUUGAUCAUCUUCUAGCAGAUCUUACGAAAAAUCAUUUGUUGGGCAGGGUCAUUGGAUACAUGUAUACUAUUGAAUUCCAAAAGCGUGGUCUACCUCAUGCUCAUCUGCUUCUCUUCUUGCACCAAAGUGACAAAUAUCCAAGGGCUGAUGAUAUUGAUAAAGUAAUAUCAGCUGAAAUUCCGUGCCCAAUUGCAAAUCCUAAACUAUAUGAAUGUGUGAAGGAUCAUAUGAUUCAUGGUCCCUGUGGAGUAGUAAAUAAAUCCCUUCCUUGCAUGAAGAAUGGUAAAUGCUCACGCUUUUAUCCUAAAAAAUUUCAGAGUAGUACAAGUAUUUCAGAAGAUGGAUUUCCACAGUAUCGAAGAAGAGACAAUGGAGUCUGCGUGGUCAAGAACCAUGUUUCUUUAGACAAUCGAUCUGUGGUUCCAUAUAAUCCUAAAUUGUUACUUAAAUAUGAAGGUCACAUCAAUGUUGAAUGGUGCAACAAAAGUACUUCAAUUAAGUACUUAUUCAAAUACAUCAACAAGGGUUAUGACAGAAUUACAGCGGCUAUAGUUAAUAAUACCAAUGCAACUCAUCUUCAUGACCAGUCAGGAGAUGAAAUUAAACAAUAUCUUGAUUGUAGAUACAUAUCACCAUCUGAGGCAUGUUGGAGAAUAUUUUCAUUUCCUAUUCAUGGCAGGAAUCCAGCUGUUGAACGUUUAUUUUUUCAUCUUCCCGGAGAACAAUCAGUGUACUUUAAAGACGACGACUUUAUUGAUGAAGUCAUAGGAAAAGCAACUGUAGCAGAAUCAAUGUUUACAAGUUGGAUGGAAUGUAAUAAAAAGUAUGAAUUGGCAAGAACUUUGACAUACCCAGAGAUUGUGUCAAAAUUUGUCUAUGUCAAGAAAGACAGAUGUUGGAAACCCAGGAAAAUAGGAAACACAAUUGGAAGACUUAUUUGGGUUCCACCAUCAACAGGUGAAUUAUACUAUCUAAGGAGGAUGCUCACUGUUGUCAAAGGUCCUUUAUGUUAUGAAGAUAUCAGAACGGUGGAUAAUAUAUUAUAUUCAACCUUUAGAGAAGCAUGUGAAACCUUGGGAUUUUUGGCAGAUGAUAAGGAAUAUGUAGAAGCAAUCAAAGAAGCCAAAGAUUGGGGCAGUGGAAAUUAUCUAAGGAAACUUUUCGUGACAAUGCUAUUGUCCAAUAGUGUCAACAAACCACUAGAUCUAUGGGAAAAAACUUGGAAAUGGCUAUCUGAUGACAUAUUAUAUAGGGAAAGAAUAAAAGCUGGCAAUCCAGAACUGCAAUUAUCACUUGAUAUAUUGCGAAACUUGACGUUAUUCCAUAUUGAAGAGAUACUACAAAGUAAUAGAAGAAGCCUAAAACAAUUCCCAACAAUGCCAUAUCCAGAUGGUUUUAUUAUAGCUCAAUGUGGGAACAGAUUGGUGUACUCAGAACUUGACUACAAUCCUGUCACCCAAGCAAAUCUUUUUCAGGAAAAUUAUGAUCGGAUGACAGGGGAACAAAAAGACAUAUUUCAAAAAGUUACUGAAGCUGUUAUUAAAGAUGUGAGAGGAAUGUUCUUUCUGUAUGGCUAUGGGGGUACCGGAAAGACUUUCAUGUGGACAACUAUUUCUUCAGCAUUGAGAUCUAAGAGAAAAAUUGUAUUAACUGUUGCAUCAAGUGGUAUAGCAUCUUUAUUGUUGCCAGGAGGAAGGACAUCACAUUCAAAGUUCAGAAUUCCAAUUCCAACCAUGGAAAACUCAAUUUGUAACAUAGAGCAGGGUUCUGAAGCUGCUGAGCUACUAAAAUUAACUGAUCUCAUUAUUUGGGAUGAAGCACCAAUGGCACACAAAUUUUGUUUCGAAACUCUAGACAGGACCUUAAAUGACAUAAUGAAAUACAAAAUGAAACCAAAUUUAGUAUUUGGAGGAAAGGUAGUAGUUUUUGGAGGUGAUUUCAGACAGAUAUUACCUGUCAUUCCUAGAGGAACUAGAUCAGACAUUGUACAUGCAACAAUCAAUGCUUCUUACCUAUGGCAGCAUUGUCAAGUUUUGACAUUGACAAAGAACAUGAGACUUCUACAACCAGGUUUACCAAGCACUUCAACAUGCGAAAUUCAGCAAUUCUCCGAUUGGAUUGUAAAACUAGGUGAUGGUAUGUUGUGCGAACCCAAUGAUGGUGUUGUGGAUAUCGAAAUACCUCCAGAAUUUUUGAUCUCUGAUUUUAAUGAUCCAAUUGAAGCUAUUGUGUUAAGCACAUAUCCUGAUCUAUUGGAGAAUUAUAGAAAUGAGAAUUUCCUGCAGACCAGAGCUAUACUGGCCAGUAGAAUUGAAACAGUAGAAGAAAUCAACAAAUACAUAUUAUCUUUAAUUCCAGGACAAGAACAAGAAUACCUAAGUGCAGAUACAAUUGAUAAGACAGAUAAUCCAAUAAACGAUGAAUAUGAUGUUCUUACUCCAAAAUUCCUGAAUUCAUUAACUACAUCAGGUUUACCAAGUCAUCAAAUAACCCUCAAAAUCGGAGCUCCUAUAAUGUUGCUAAGAAACUUGGAUCAAUCAGAGGGGUUGUGCAAUGGAAGCAGAUUAAUUAUUACAAGGUUGCAAAAACAUGUAAUAGCAGCGAAGAUUCUUAGUGGAAACAAAAAGGGUAACGAAGUUUACAUUCCACGUAUGUCUAUGUCUCCAUCUCAAUCUCCUUGGCCAUUUAAACUAAUCAGAAGGCAAUUUCCAAUAAUGUUAUCUUAUGCAAUGACAAUUAACAAAUCACAGGGACAAUCUUUGUGUUCGGUUGGAUUAUAUUUGCCAAAACCAGUAUUUAGCCAUGGUCAAUUAUAUGUCGCAGUUUCUAGGGUUCAGAGUAAAUCGGGAUUAAAAAUUUUAAUCCAUGAUUCUGACAAAAAACCAUUGUCUUCAACGACAAAUGUUGUAUUUAAGGAAGUCUUUCAAAAUGUAUAG